AUGGCUCUUUCUACUGGAAUCUUCUCUACCUUCCUCUGCGUCAAGACGGCGCCGUUCCAAAACUCACUGUCAACCUCGUCCCUACGUCUUUCCCCUCACCCGGCUAACCUGCGCAUGGUGCGAGCCGUAACCUCCGCGACGGCGUCCUCCGAGCCGACAACCACCAAGACCCGGGAGCCACGUGGAAUCAUGAAGCCUCGCCCAGUGUCCCCCGAGAUGCAGGACAUCGUCGGCGACUCGGUGAUCGCUCGCACUCAGGCUCUCAAGCGCAUUUGGGCCUACAUCAAGGAACGCGACCUUCAAGAUCCACAAGACAAGAAGGUGAUAAUCUGCGACGAGAAGCUGAAGAAGAUAUUCGAUGGCAAAGACCGUGUUGGGUUCUUGGAGAUUGCCAAGCUCAUCGGUCCUCACUUUCUCUGA